UGAUAAAGUAGUGGAUUUUCAUGCACUUAUGGCAGCUGACGCUGACCACGCGAAAAACAAGUCGCUCGACUACUUACUCUUUUUUUCUUCGUCCUCCCCACAGAGCGCAACUGUGCAGCUUUUCCUUGAUCUCGGUAACCGCCUCCAUUGCGACCAGUUGAGUUCAUGAUUGCCUUUCGACGCUUUACUGAAGUUUGGUUUUGAAAGACAACUACAUCUACAGAAAGAAAUACACGAGUUUUAUGGGAAAGAACUCUGGUGGAAAAUCAAGACAAAAUACUUCUUUGGUGGAGGACAAAGAUCUAAACGAACGACUUGUAUGCAGUGCACAAGUGGACCAGACGAAGAAAUACCAAUAAGAAAAGUCCAAAAUAGUGUAUCGUGUCAGGUUCAUCUUACACGGCCUUGUGCGUGAUUGUCUCAAUUUGAUGCCACUGCUACACAAGCCCAAGCGUGAGGAUGAGCCACUUGAUGUUUUAGUAGCCAGCACAGCUGGAGCCUACGAGUCAUGUCGUCUGAAUAGAGUUAGUUGUACUUACCAGCUACAGAAAAAAAAUCGGUUGUCCCUCCGUCACAUGAUUGAUGUCAUUCGAUUCUGGAUUCGGUUCGUCCAGCGUGAAAUCGCCGUAUUUGUAGCCGUUCUUAGAAGUGGAAGUGCAGCACCGAUCUCGUACCACAUCGUUCUGUCACUUUUUACGAAAAACUCUCGGUUUAGAGAGCAGCCUAUUCCUCGUGGUAUGUUUCUUUCUCGUCCUCUCACGUAA